AGCACACUAAACCUGUAGACAUCGAAGACGUAGAGUCCCAGAAACUGGGCCAUAUCAAGCUAGCAACAAGUGAAGCUGAGAACAGAAUCAUGCUUACAGUUAUCCGUCAAACCACACUUACUUGGCUACUCAUAAGUAUCCUAGCAAUUGGCGAACUGUUGAACGCCGAAAAAGAAACCAAAGAUACAUCGUUUAACCCUACAGACAGCUUAGGAUUUUCAUUUGAAGUGCAGUCAAACAAAAGCUCACAGCAAGAGAAAAACUUUGAUUUUGAGAAAAGAUUCGAUGGUCGUUUCUCUUUUGGUCUUGGCAAAAGAAAUGAUACUAACGAAUUAAGUACUUUGAAUAGAUUUAAAAGAAAAAAGCACCAGUUGAGUUCUAAGCCAGGUAAUAUCGUGAAUAGUCGUUUUGCUUUUGGACUGGGAAAGAGAAAUUCACCAAAUAAUCCAACUGUUGAAUAUUCUACUUUUGUGGAUAAAAUGCAACAUUCUCAUCAAUUCAUCUUUGGCAAACGGCUAAACGAUCGCCUCACUUUUGACGUGGAAAAAAAGUCAACACCAACAGAUACAAUAAGUGACAAUUCUGUUACUGAUAAAGAUAAAAGAUACUCCCACCAACUCAUAUUAGGCAAACAGCCAGAGACUCGUUUCACCUUUGGCAUAGACAAGAGAUCCACAAAGCUUGACCUAAUUGUGGGCAAAGACAAAAAACAUUCUCACCAAUUCAAUUUCGGAUUAGGCAAACGAGCAGAAGACCGUUUUCACUUUGAUUUGGAUAGGAAACCCUUAAUGAAUAUUGAUUAUUCUUCCCCAAAUGAAGACAAAAGAAAAUUUCGACCAUUCAGCUUCGGUUUAGGCAAACGACCAGAUAAUCGAUUUGCUUUUGGUUUGGGCAAGAAAUCCCUAUUUAAUAAUCUCACUCUUGCCGAUCCUUAUUUUGAACAAGACAAAAGGAAUUCUCACCAAUUCAGCUUCGGUUUAAGCAAACGACCAGAUAAUCGAUUUGCUUUUGGUUUGGGUAGGAAAUCCCUACUGAAUAAUUCCACUCUUGCCGACCCUUAUUUUGAAAAGGAUAAAAGGAAUUCUCACCAAUUCAGCUUUGGAUUAGGCAAACGACCAGAUAAUCGAUUUGGUUUUGGUUUGGGUAAGAAAUCCCUACUGAAUAAUCUCACUGUUGUCGACCCUUAUUUUGAUCAGGACAAAAGGAAUUCUCACCAAUUCAGUUUCGGUUUAGGCAAACGCCCAGAUAAUCGAUUUGUUUUUGGUCUGGGUAAGAAAUCCUUAUUGAAUAAACCCACUGUUUCUGAUUCUUCAUUGAAGGAAGACAAAAGAUUUCACCCUCAGUUCAGUUUUGGCCUUGGUAAAAGAAUAGAUAAUUCUCUUUCUUUAAAUCUGGGCAAGAAAGAUUCAAAAGAGAAAUUGACCACAUCUUCAAUGACAUCAAAACGAAUCAAAAGAAAGACUCGUCCAUUCAAUUUUGGCCUCGGGAAGCGACUAGAAAACAGAUUUGGCUUUGGGCUUGGAAACAGGAACUCUUUAAACCCUUUAAACUAUGCUUUUGGAUUAGGAAAUGGAAUACCACUUAUUAGUGAUUCGCUCUAUCUGCAAGAUUUGAAUGAACUUAUGAAACGUCUGCAUCUUAAUGAUAGAAACAGUCUUUCCCAUACAGAGAAAGAAAGGGAAUGAAAGGUUUUCACCAUUUGCUCGCCUUUCAGUUUGCUUAAGAUCAAGAGCGUCUCCAAGAAUACUGCAAGUAAAACAGUCUGCUAUGGAUAAAAGGAAAUUAUUUGUGGUUGAAAAAACCGACUAUGUUGAAAUAUAUAUAUAUAUAUUAUAUCGACAUAAUGAUAUAUAUAUAUAUAAUGAUAUAUAUAUAUAUAAUGAUAUAUAUAUAUAUAUAAUGAUAUCUAUAUAAUUAGCAUAAAUUAUGUGCGGAAUAAUUCAAAAUAUUCCUUUUGUUUUUCAAAAACUUAUGGAUUCGUAAAAACUAAUUUCAGUCAAAUAUGAGUUAACAAUAAAAACAAAGCUUUGUAUUGUGUAUUAACAAAACUUCGCUAUUUCACAAUUUUAUAUAUAUAGUACAACAUUUUAUAUAUAUGUCCAAUUAUUGUUUGUAAAUAUUAAUUGUACUACAUGUAAAGGAUAAAUUAAAUAUCGCUUUAUUAUCGGCAUA